AUGGAAAUGAAGAGUCCAGCCAAUAUCAAAGAAGUGCAACGAUUAACGGGACGUUUGACUGCUUUAGCUUGCUUUCUGCCCAUGGUGGGGGACAAAGCGGCUCCGUUCUUUACGUGCUUGAAGAAGGGUUCAACAUUUGAAUGGACUGAAUCGUGCGAGCAAGCUUUUACCAAGUUAAAAGAAUUAUUGGCAACCCCGCCUGUGUUAUCCAAGCCAACUCCGGAUGUCCCUCUAACUCUUUACUUGGCGAUCACCGACAGAGCCGUUAGCACAGUAUUGCUUCAGGAAGAGAAGAAAAAGUACAAAAUUGUUUAUUUUGUUAGCCAUACUUUGCAAGGCGCUGAGUUGCGAUACCAAAAAAUUGAAAAGGAGGCUUUGGCAAUUCUGAAAACAGCAAGGCGCCUCAGACCAUACUUUCAAAGCUUCCAGGUGAAGGUUAAGACCGAUAUCCCUAUAAGACAAGUAUUACAAAAGCCUGACCUAUCAGGACGAUUAGUCAGUUGGUCGGUGGAACUAUCUGAGUAUGACAUUCAGUAUGAGCCAAGGGGGACUGUCACAAUCCAGAGUUUGAUUGACUUUGUGGCAGAAAUGACGCCCACUGAAGGUGAGGGAGUAUUCGGUGAGUGGAUCUUAUUCGUGGACGAAUCUUCAAAUGACAAAGGAAGUGGGGCGGGUAUAACUAUUGAAAGCCUAAACAGGAUGACCAUUGAACAAUCGUUGAAAUUUGAAUUCAGAGCAAGCAACAAUCAAGCAGAAUAUGAAGCGCUAAUAGCCGGAUUAAGACUCGCCAUUGAGUUGGGAAUUCAGAAGCUAUUCAUCAAAGGCGAUUCACAGUUGGUGGUUAAACAAGUAAAAGGGGAAUAUCAGGUAAAAGACCCACAACUUUCCAAAUACUUAGAAAUUGUGCAAAGGUUAAUGAUGGAGAUUGAAAACGUCAGGAAAGAACAUAUUCCCAGAAGUCAGAAUGAGCGGGCCGACGUAUUGGAAAAAUUGGCUAGCACUGGUCGAUUAGGCAAUUAUCAAACAGUCAUACAAGAAACUCUUCCUCACCCAAGUAUUGACCUUAUUGAGAUAAAGCUAAAGGCAAUGAAGGCUAUAACAGAUGGGGAACCCUCAUGGAUGGAGCCAAUUAAGAGUUUCCUCCAAAAUCCUCCAAAAGAAGAUAAUUUAAAUACAAAAGAAAGGCGUAGGGAAGCCAGCUUCUACACACUAGUGGGCGAUGAACUAUAUAGGCGGGGAAUAAUGUCACCGUUACUCAAAUGUGUAGACAUUAGUGACGCCCAGAGUAUCAUGGUAGAAGUUCACGAAGGUGUAUGCUCCAGCCACAUAGGGGGGCGAUCUUUAGCAGUGAAAGUACUGAGGGUAGGGUUCUACUGGCCAACAAUAAAAAAAAGACUGUCUAGAGUAUGUUAA